CAAUACUUAUCAAAUUUAAUAUUUAAAUUUUCAAUUUAUUGAUAAGAUACAGAACCUAACAUUGGGGGUCAAUGGUACAAUUUGACCAAUACCUCGCCCCCUAUGUCCUAUUUUGGGCUAUGUUUUACGUUGGGUUAAAGAAACCCACCUCCAUACUUGAAAACCAGGGGCAUUGCGCGCGCCCAAAGAAAUUUCGUUGUUAAAUUGGUCAUUUUGUGAGAGCGUAUUAGGGUGACGAGCAAAGAUCCUUCGGUUCUUGCGUCUUUCGGAAAGAGUUAGAUUGUAGACUGACUCAAUUGAAAGCUCGAGAUUCUAGCCGGCAGGGAGUAUUAUAAAAGAUGGCUGACUUUGAAAAUUCUCACAGUAGCAAAGAUUUGAGAAAAAGAGAAAAACGCAUGCCAAAAAUAGAGAAUACAAUACAGAUUGCUGACACAGGAGAGUCAAUUAUGAGGAUAGGCAAACCUAGUUCCAGCAUGGAAGACAAAAGCAUAUUUCUCACAAGCAGUGCAUUCAAGUGUCACAGUCACAGGGAGAUGAAGGUUACAAGCCAAUCUUAUGGGAAGGAAAACUUGGAGAAGAAGAUUUCAAGCCUACCUAUGUCUCACAGCAAGAGAAUGCAGACCAUGGUUGUUGAUAUGCAAUUGUUUGAAAUAGAGUCUUGCCAAGAGCUAAAGAGAGACUUAAAAAAGAUGAGUAGGCAUGAAGAAAACCUUCUGAUUCUAAAGAAAUUUUUGAAAGUCAGAAAAGAGAAGGAACACAAUGAUCAAGGGGUAUUUUUCGCCACUUCAUUUUCAUUGAGUAAUGACGUCAGUUGUGUGGAAGAAAGGGUGAAGCAGAUGGCAACAAUAUUAGCGAUGGUAACCCUACGACAAUGGAUGUUAAAUGGUUGGAAAGAUUUGGAAACCUUGGCCAAAUGUGCAAAAAAGUCUCAUAUUUAUAAUGCCCUUCAAGACAGCGUGUUCAAAAGCUUGGCCAAGUUUAUUCUAAGUAUUUUUGAUACGGAAGAUCUUGAACGACUCAACUUUUAUGAUAGGAUCGUAUCUGAAAACAAAAGAUUUUAUCAUGAAAAGUUGUUACCUCUACCUCCAAAGGAUUGUGAUGACCCUGUGAAACUUAUCGAAGGGAAGAUAACUCUUGAUGGUUUUCCUUUGUUGACGGAGUAUGAUAUGGUUCAGAAGUACAAUUCAGACUUUAUAGUGCGCAUACGAAAAUGGACACCAGUUGUAGUGGUUGAGUUUAUGAAUUUUGUGACUAUGAAAUUGAAGGCUGUUGCUUCAAGAAAGGACGCCCACAGACGUUAUGUGGAAUGCGUUCAGAACUGUGAUGCGUCAGUUUGCUCCUUUGAAGCUGUUAAUUAUCUGGUUCUAUUGCAUUUGUUUUCUGUUUGGUACAUAUUUGACCCAUUUGAGUUGAUCCAUCAUGCAAAAAAUCUAUAUGCACACGUGUUUGGUUCUAUUUAUUCAUUUCCUAAUUUGUGUCUACAUGCAUUUUCACAUAGGAAACCAAAAUGCAUGCAAUUAUGGAGAAUGGUUUAUCUCCCCCAGUUAUUGGCAUUACAGACUGCAAUUGCGUUAUUGAAGCUUUGUGGGAUAUUGGUAUACAGGAUAUUAAGAAGCAUUUUAACCUCUGCCGAUUUGAAGGAUAUAUUUGAGGAAGUCAGCUUGGAGAACAAAAAACUGUUCAAUGCUUUCAGCGGGAGAUUAUGA